GGCCUCCCAACAGCCACAGGCUUGCGCAGCCGCAGUAGCAGGCGGAGCGGGUGUCUAACGGUUACCCGCAGCGUUCCUUCACACCUCAAAGCUUGUCUGCCGCUUCCCUCUUUUCUCUUCCUCCACCUCUCGAGUGAGUCGCCAUGAGCUGGGCUGUGGGCGUCCUGCGGGCUGGCCGGAGAGUGGGCGCUGGGAGAGUGAAUGCGCUAUGUCCCCGCCGGCCGGCGGACCUCCCGCUCACGGGGGCAUGGGCCGUCACCCCCGUGUCUGAGAUGGCAACCAUCAAGUGUGAACUUAUCAAGAAUUUCACUUCCGAGGAGGCCGUUCAUCACAACAAGGUCUCCAUUAUAGGAACCGGAUCGGUGGGCAUGGCCUGUGCUAUCAGCAUCCUAUUAAGGGGCUUGACCGAUGAACUUGCCCUUGUGGAUGUUAAUGAAGACAAACUGAAGGGUGAAACAAUGGAUCUUCAACAUGGCAGCCCUUUCGUGAAGAUGCCAACUAUUGUGUCCAGCAAAGAUUACCUUGUCACUGCAAAUUCCAGCCUCGUGGUCAUCACAGCAGGAGCACGCCAGGAAAAAGGGGAAACACGCCUUAAUUUAGUCCAACGAAAUGUGGACAUCUUUAAAUUAAUGAUUUCCAGUAUUACCCAAUAUAGCCCUCGCUGCAAACUGAUUGUUGUUUCCAAUCCAGUGGAUAUAUUAACUUAUGUGACCUGGAAGUUGAGUGAAUUUCCCCCAAACCGUGUAAUUGGAAGUGGUUGUAAUCUGGACACUGCCCGUUUCCGUUUCUUGAUUGGGCAGAAGCUUGGUAUCCACUCUGAAAGCUGUCAUGGGUGGGUCCUUGGAGAGCAUGGAGACUCGAGUGUUCCUGUGUGGAGUGGAGUGAACAUCGCUGGUGUCCCUCUGAAGGAUCUGAACUCAGACAUAGGAACUGAUCAAGAUCCUGAGCAGUGGAAAAAUGUCCACAAAGAUGUGAUUGCUAGUGCCUAUAAGAUUAUUAAAAUGAAAGGUUAUACUUCUUGGGCCAUUGGCCUAUCUGUAGCUGAUUUAACAGAAAGCAUUGUGAAGAAUCUUAGAAGAGUGCAUCCAGUUUCCACCAUAAUUAAGGGUCUCUAUGGAAUAAAUGAAGAAGUAUUCCUCAGUGUUCCAUGUAUCUUGGGAGAGAAUGGUAUUGCAGACCUUAUAAAGAUAAAGCUGACCACUGAAGAACAGGCUUGUCUGAAGAAGAGUGCAGAAACACUUUGGGGAAUUCAGAGGGAGCUCAAGCUUUAAAAUUGUUUGAAACUACCUUUCUGAAGUUAUUGAAGGGAUAGUAGUUACAGGGUUGUGUAUGUCAAUUUUUUUUUUUUAUAAGCUUGGAUUUCUAGAAGUUGGAAACAGGAAAGAAAGUAGAGUGAGUUGCCUGUUUGUUUAGUCCCCCAGCUUUUUUAUUCAGCAUCCAGAUGUCAGGAUUAUUUUUUUUCCCACAAUUCCUAAGUGAUUGCAUCAGAGGAUGUAUUUUUGUACCACUGAUAUAGCAGUACUUGCUCUGUGUGUGUGUGUGUGUGUGUGUGUAGUUGCUCUUUGGCCCAGAAAGGAUUAGGGUAUAGGUGUUUGUGUUACAGAAAUGAUAAGUUUCAUUAAGUACAUGUUCUUUCAUUCUGGAUGGCUUAUACUUAUUAUGUUCAUUUAUAUACUGUUUUUAAGACGAUGUAACUUCCUCUACAAUAUAAAAAUAAAUGUACAUACAGAAGUACUUUCUGUAAUGGAGUCAUCAGCUGGGCCUUAAAGGCGUUAUAAAAUGGGAGCUACGAGUAGGUCCUGUUUGUUGAGGGGCAGAGGGGCACAUGGGCACAUGCACACACAUGCUCAUAUAUGGAUGCCAGUGAAGCCGAAUCAUUAGGUUCAAAUAUGAAAAUAAGAGUGAUCUGGUUGGUAGCAGUUAUAAAGUGUUUAAUGCAGUAAAAUAUAAAGCUUUUAGAAAGAGGCCUGACAGGCAGAGAUGGAAAGUGUUAUUGCCAUUUAUUCAGCAGGGAAGGGAAGCAUACUUAAAUUUUGGAGUUGCUAAAAACAAAGCCUGACUUAAAUUAUUUUAGAACUGCCUCUGAGAACCUGACCUGUUAGCACGUUAAAUCAGGGAGCAUGUUACAAACUGUUCUUGUUAGGCCCGGUCUUAUCAGCAGAGUGGGCCCUGGCCUUGAGAUGCUCCAGGGUCAUCCCUGUUGCUCAGUUUACUUCACAUGAAUAGAAAGCUUUUGUUUUUGAAUUUUGCCCUGUUGUUAAUCAGUGUCAUAAAAAUUGGUUAUUUUAAUGAGUACUUCAGGGAUUAUAUUUCUCAGAAAGUUACACAUUCAUUUUUUAUUCCUAAAUCAAUUGACUUUACUGUAGAUUCUAGACUAUAUGCGUUUGAUACAAUGAGGGUUUAGGAGAAAGUGAAGAUGCUUGUCAGACCUUUACCUAAAUGAUGUACUAAUAACUUAGAAAAUAAGAGUUUUUAAAAAAUCUAUUUUAGAGAGCAAGU